AUGCUGAGUCCAACCAUCGUUUCCGAGCUACUUAUAUCUCGAUGCCGGUCAUGGGAGCAGAUAGUGCAGGCGACUAAAGCGGAUAUCACACACAGGAUUCUAAAUUGUGUCAGAGAAAUUCUUGGCUACAUUGGAUGGACGAGAAACAUCGAGGGAGCCUCUCGUGAUGUAGAGGCGGCACUGGAAACCGUCAUCAAAGACUUCCGCGAAAAGGUCAACGAGUUGAUGCGCCCUUAUCGCUACACACAUCCACUCAUAUACAAUCGCACCGUUAUACAACGCGUAUGGAGCCUCCAUGAUUCUCGGCGGAAGGCUGAAAGCGAAGCCCAAAGAUUGUCUGGGAGCAAAACAAAAACUGGGUUCUUCAAGGCGAACCGCACGGAAGAUUGUAUCGAAUUACUAACAGCCUCCGACAUCGAGAGCAACUUAUAUCGCCCAGCCUGUGAGCUAGCCUCGGAUUACACGAAGGCUUAUUAUGAGGAGGCUCUGCAAGGGUUGAUCUCGAAUUUCGGCCUGUACGCAGUCGAAGAAUGUCUUUUGUCGAAACUGAAUACCGUAUUUGAAGUUGAGCCGACUCCAGAAGCGUCUGAGAAACCCAUUCUUGGCGAGGGCGAUGGCAUGUCGAACAGCAUCAUCUGUGGCCGAGUCUUCUGA